UCCACCAAACAGGGAAAAGGCAAACAGGCUGUAAGCUCAGCACCAGGAUCCCGCUCGGGGCUUGAACCAGGCUCUGUGUCAGGUGGUGUGCCUGCACCAGCGUUGAAAUUGUCCGGAGGUCAAGGGUCGGUGUCGAGGCCAGGUUCAAAGACUAAGCCUGGCACAGCAGCAGAGAAGGGAGCAAAUCGUGGUUCAGCGACAGCUCCAGGGGGCAAAACCUUGUCUAUGGAGAACAUCCAGUCAUUGAGUGCUGCCUAUGCCACUUCAGGUACUAUGUACCCCUGUGAGCGAGAUUCCUUGGAGCCCUCUGGUGGGUACCCGAAAGGCACCAUGACGCUGGGCAGAAGCACCAACCGCUCAUCCUACUCUAACCGAACAACAGCUAUGGGCAGCACCCCAAACAUCACCUCCUCUGGGGCACAUCACCCAUCAGACCCCUAUGGAGACCAAACCUUGCAUCCUGCAAGGACUUCCAGUCUGCGGCGCCAGUCUGGAAGACAUCCACAGGCGCUGGAUUCAGCUGGACGGGGAGAGGUUCCAUCAUUUGAUCUCCAGUCUCAGCUGAGGGAGCUGCAGAGGGAGAAUGAUAACCUGAGGAGGGAACUGGAUGUUGGGAGGGGCCCCAGCAUGAACAAUGUCAACUUCUGGAGCCCGGAUGUCAAAAGAGACAAGGGGGUGAGGCGAGAGGACGGCGUGAGGACCUCGGUUCUGAAGGACCAGUACAGGACUAACCAAGAGGAUUUGCAGCAGCUUCCAUUGACAGUUCAGGAGCUUCAGGAGGAGCUGAGAGCUCACAGGGAGAUGAACAGUAGUCGCUUGCAGCAACAGCGUCAGCAGGGGAACUCUGGCUCUUACCGAGAACUCCAUAUGGACCAGGACCGGCUCAGCCCCGGCCACAGCCCCAGACAAAGCUCCAGCAACCUGCACAGUCCUGUACCCAAGAAUAGCCCAAGAGCCAGCCCAUCCAACACCUACAAUCCAAGGCAACAGGAAGCUGAUGUCAUCAUUCACAGUCCAGGUUAUGGUUGUAAUGCUGCAGUAGCUGCGCAGAGAAUCAGUCCUGCCAACACCCUUCAGCCUGGGCCGAGGAACAGCCCAAGUCAGUCCCUUUACACUCCUAGCCAAGGUCUAGUGGUAGCGCCCAGCUCCAGCACACUCCGGCCUUGUAGCCCCUGCCAGGUGCCUGGGUGUGACGGCUUCUCCUCACCUCCUCCUCUGGAUCCAUCGGAGGAAAAUUUCGUCCGGCUGCAGUCAGAGCACGAGCGGCAAGCCAAGGAGCUCUUCCUGCUAAGGAAAACCAUGGAAGAGAUGGAGAUGAGAAUCGAUUCUCAGAAACAGACCCUGGGUGCCCGUGACGAGAGCAUCCAGAGGUUGCUGGAGAUGCUUCAGGGCCAAGGUCAAGGUCAAAGCCAAGGCCAAGGACACUGGGGUCGGGGGCAGCGGACAGGGAUCAUAACCAUGGCGGCGCAGGAGGCUGAAGCGCAGCUGGAGAACAUGCAUUUGAGAGAGGAGCUCCAUCGCAGGAACCAGCUCCAGGCUGAUCCGGCCAAGACCAGAGCUCUGCAGACUGUCAUUGAUAUGAAGGACACAAAGAUCUCUUCCUUGGAGAGGAACAUCAGAGACUUAGAAGAUGAGGUCCAGAUGUUAAAGACCAGCGGCCUGCUGCACCCAGACGACAGGCAGGAUGAGCUCAAGCAGGUGGAGGUCUACAAGAGCCAUUCUAAAUUCAUGAAGACUAAGAUCGAGCAGCUGAAGCAGGAGCUGAACAGGAAGGAGUCAGAGAUGCAGGCCCUGCAGACCAAACUAGAAACACUGACCAAUCAGAACUCAGACUGCAAGCAACACAUCGAGGUGCUAAAGGAGUCACUCAGCGCCAAGGAGCAACGGGCUAACACACUGCAGACAGAGGUAGAUGCUCUGCGGGUGCGUCUUGAGGAAAAGGAACAAUUCCUGACCAAAAAGACCAAGCAGCUGCAGGACCUGACCGAUGAAAAAAGUACACUAACAGGAGAGAUCAGAGACAUGAAGGACAUGCUGGAUGUCAAGGAGAGGAAGGUUAAUGUCUUGCAGAAGAAGAUUGAGAACCUGUUGGAGCAGUUAAAGGAUAAGGACAAACAGCUGGCAGGGUUGAGGGAAAGGGUCCAGGGUCUUCAAACUGACUCCAGCAACACCGACACAGCCCUGGCCACACUGGAGGAAGCCCUCUCAGAAAAGGAGCGAGUGAUUGAGAAUCUGCGUGAGCAGAAGGAGCGGGAAGACAGGGUUCGGCUAGAGGAGCUGGAACAGAUGAGGAAGGAGAACCAGGCAUUAAAGGAGAAACUUUCGGCCCUGCAACCCCAGAAACUGUCCCCAAGUCAACCUGCUAACUCUGUCCCAACCCAGAACCAGAGGCCCGAUGGAGAGAUGCCAGCAAAAGUCGAUGGGCUACCAGCAGGAAGCCCCAUGACCCAAGUCACGGAAGAUGUCCUUCGGAAGUGUCCAGACAUCACAGAUCGUCUGAGGUUGCUUGAGCAAGAGGUGGCUCGCAACAAAGAGGAAUCAGGAAAGUCAAAAGCGGAGGUGGAGAGGCUAAUGGCAGCUCUGAGGGAUGCUGAGAUGGACAAAUCCUGCAAGGACAAGAAAAUCGCUGAUCUUGAAAGACCUGGGCAAGUCAAGUCUCCAAAUAUCCAGAAGCAGACGGUGGCGGGUGAGAUGAGGAAAGACGCCCUUACCGAUGGACAUCCACACUCUUUAUCGCAGCUUCCUCUUUCAGCUUCCCAGGAUGCCAUGCGGGAGACAGCGGAGCGGAUCGGGGAGUUGGAGCAGGCACUGAGGGAGAGCAUGAACACCUCAGCACAUAGGGAAGCUCUCUGGGCACAGGAGGAGACGGCCCGUGUUCAGGCCCAGAGACAGUUGGAGGAGUUGAUGGGGGCUUUGGAGAAGACACGCCAGGAGCUGGACGCCACCAAGCUGCAUCUGUCCUCAACUCAACAGUCCCUGCACGAGAGAGACGGACACCUUAAUUGUCUUCGCCAGGAGAGACGCAAACAGCUGGAGGAGAUUCUGGAGAUGAAGCAGCAGGCUUUGCUGGCAGCCAUCAGUGAGAAGGAUGCUAACAUUGCUCUGCUGGAGUUAUCUUCCUCCAAAAGGAAAAAAGCCCAGGAGGAAGUCAUGGCUCUGAAGAGGGAGAAAGACAGGCUCAUGCACCAGCUCAAACAGCAGACGCAAAGCAGAAUGAAGCUGAUAGCAGACAACUAUGAGGAAGAUCACAUCCACCCCCAACAUCACCCACACCAUUCUCACCACUUGCAUCCAGCAAACUUGCAUCACCGGAGCCUGCCAAGAGGGCCCCCCCAUGCCAACCACCGACCCCCGAUGGACCAGGAUGAUGAAGAGGGAAUAUGGGCAUGACGACCAUCACUGUAGAAACCCUGCAUCCAUUUCUUCACACUGUUUGUAGAGCCAGGUACCAAGAGGUUCAAGAGCUUCAACUGCAAGCAUGUACACUGAACCGGCCCAUGCCCUCCAACACUGAGACCAUCAGACAUACUUAUAAACAGAUACCCUGGGAAGUCAGCGUAUUGUGGACAAGCUCAGCGCUAAGCCAGUCAGAAAUUCUUCUUACUGAUGAAUGUCACCUUUUCGAAUAAAUUCAGUGGCCCAGGGAGGGUGGGUGAAUGUCCCUCACAGGACCAUCAGUCAUCAGUGUGGAGCUUCAAGGAAUUGGCAAGCGGUCCACUGCCUUCAUUUCCCUAGCUGUUUUCAAUAGACUGGGAGCUGGAUUCACUUUACAGUACUGCGGUGCUACAGAGUUCUGGCUCCACAUCAACCGACAAUCACUCCACCACUGUCGACUACUGGUGUGGCAAAGCUGAGCCAGUGGAACCAGCCGUAAACCCAUGCCAAUCCCGGACUGGUUUAUCAUGGCAUGAAUGUGUUUACUUCUGCAGCUAAAUAUCAGACUUUUGUAAAUAUAACAACAUGGACCUCAAAAUCCACAAUCCACAGAGACCUUCUCAAUGUACCGUGCCAAAGGAGACAAUCCUGUCUGCUGAAACAAAUUACUGAAAUGGGACUGAAUCAUUCGGACUACCCAGUGAGCCGCCCUAGUUACUCAUGUCUUUCACUGUCUCCCACUUCCUGCUGAGAGAUCAACAAGAAAAGGCUAAUUUAGGCUAAAAGAUGCCCCCACAAAAACAGUUUGAGCAUCAUCUUACACCUUCUCUACAAAUUAGGACCCUCUUUAACAGGGAACGAGACGUGGCUGAGCUCAAAUCAGCCAGUGUACCGUAAGAACAGUCUGUUUAUACAUUUCUCCUUGUGUUCUUUUAGCCUGCUGUGCGUUUGUUUAAUGAACCAAUAUCAUGUUCUGUUAGCUUUUCUACAUCCAAAACUGUUUUGAGUGCCACUGUUCUUCUUCUUCUUUUUUUUAAAGUUUUAACAGCUGUGUGUGACUUAUUCUGCCGAAGAGCCAUGCAUUAUUUUGUUGUCUUUUUGUUGAUCCUGUGAAUCUGAGUGGAGAAUCUGUUUAUAAUGAAGUGACUUGCAUCUUAAAGCACUGUGUCAUGACUUUUUUCACUGUACUGGAGAUCAAUGAUAAUGUACAGUACUGUGUUUUGAUUCAACAAUAUAACAAUGUUUCCAUUUUGGCCCUGAUCUAACAUGUACAGUUUUUGUACAGUGUGUGUGUGCAUGUGUGUGUGGUUUCAUGCUGCUCUCAUGAUUGUGAUGACUGUGAAAGUUUUCGGAAGGGGGUAACAGUAUUCACCCUUGACUCGUUCCACAGUGUUUUGCAGUGGUCAGCUUGUCUCUGUUGUUUGAAUAAAAGUUGUUUUCACAA